UGUGGACAUUGUAGCAUGUUGUGGUGGUUGUAGUUAACAAGUGUCGUACCUCUGCGCCCUGCAUGAUCCAUCCAUCAUACAACACUUGAUCAGCAUCAGCAAAAUGGUCAGGUGUGUUGUAGGCCUUGGCCCCCAGAAAAUCACCAGGUUGCCCCUAGCUAGGGGGACUGAAGCAGUCGAUUUCAGCGAGAAUCCUAGCGGUAGGACGGUCGGGAUAUACUUCGGUCUCAUAUUCUUCAAGUGGCAGACACAAGACCUCCAGACAAGCCUAUACCAAAGACUAGAUGAGAUCCAGCACCUUGAGAGCGACUGUGACGAGAAUCUACGCAACACCGGGCACGAUGCCUAUUCCGCCAUCGAACAUGUGGUUACGGAAUUACUGACGAUCGAGCGGGGUUCGGCUCGUAUUGAGCGAGUCGACAAAAGUAUGGUAGUGAAGCUAGACCUGGUAACAACGCGGUUUAGCCACCUAUGCGAACUCGGCAGGCAAGUUGUGUGGACCGUUGGUACGAGGGCGACCAUGUGCAUGGCUGACGGCGACAAUGCCACGCGCUUCGUGUUCACACUCGAAAGUGAGAUGAGAGCGCUGGAAAUACAGCGCGCGGCCGUCCGUGAUACCAAGAUAGAGCACGAGAAGAGCUUGCGUCUCUACCAAGCACUCGAGGGCGAGAGGCAGCGGAGGGUUUACCUCGCGCGUGACGCAGCCUCGAGCUGGAGUAAUAGGUUCCUUGGUUUCUUUAGUAGAAGCACCAGAGAGCGGCUGAAACGGGACGUCGAGGAGGCUGAGCAACGGCUGCAUAGGAAUCUAUACCAGCAAAGAGCGGCGUGCGAUAGCAUCGAGGCUUUGCACCGUCUUGAGAUGUUUCAUAAAGAGACUUGGACGGGCAUGGGAAAUCUCCGGGAUAAGGCCCAGAGUGUUGCAGGAAGCUUCAAGCAUGAGUUCAAGCGUGUCACAGAGGUCAAGGAGGUUAAAGACAGGGUGUUUGAAAAUCUGCUGAAUCUUCGGAACAAGAUACAGGAUCCAGAGUUUCGCACGACGAGGGACAGCUCCCUGCGCCUUGUGAUGGAGCUGUUUCGUACCGAUGACGAUAGCUGGUGUGGCCAGGGCUGCCUCGGUUUCCUUGAGCAGAAGAUCACUGAGGCUAUUUGUACUAGGAGGCUAGAGGCGGAGGAAGAGGUGACGACCACGCCAGUACUGGUGGUGGAUGCUUCAGAUUUUUAGGAGGCGCCUUCUAGGAAUCGUCAUUAUGGGUGGAGGUUUGUUGUGUGUAAAUUCGAUAUAAGGCUGAUCGAUUGAUAUUACAUCACAUUAUUUCUAGGGGCAGAAUUGUUGUCCGGACCGGAGCUUGCCGAAUCCUCGUGCCGGGGCGAGCUUCCUGGAUCUUUUUCCCUUUUUCAGGCGCCCGGCUCCUCAGCUCCGAUCCCAUCAUCAGAUCUGCCCCGCCAGCACCACAACAUCAAAACUACAGGUACAUACUACGAUUGUGAAAGGAGUCGCAACAUCAAUGUCAGUGAAUCCGGAAUUAUAUUAAAGAAUUGCCAACCAUCUGCCUCGAAUGAAUAGAAAGUGGUGCUGAAAAUCGCCUGCAAUAG